AUCGUUUAAAAAAAUUGUUAGCCGAAUAUUCCUUGAUCACUGGUUAAAAACAACACAAGAUCGUGCUGUUCUGCCUCUGCGAUAGUAGUAGUGAAUGUGCGAGCGCGAGUCCAGAUUUACGGCGGGAGCAGGGUUUAGAUGCAGUAACAUUUCCCAAGACCUGAAAACAUUGUUGUAAUGGCAACACAAAUAUCAGAAACAGACCAGAUAAAACAGUUUAGAGAAUUCCUGGGUACAUACAACAAACUUACAGAGCACUGUUUUAUGGACUGUGUAAAGGAUUUUACAACCAGGGAUGUGAAAACAGAAGAGGUAACUUGUUCAGAACACUGCCUUCAAAAAUAUUUGAAGAUGACCCAAAGAAUAUCAAUGCGUUUUCAAGAAUAUCAUAUUCAACAAAAUGAAGCAUUAGCAGCAAAAGCAGGACUGAUUAGCCAACCUCGUGUAUAAC